AGUACCUGCCCUCCACUCCCCACCCACCAGAUAAAGCAGGAAGAUAACUUGGCCGAAACCCGUCUAGGUAGAAUGAAAACACGACACGGCAGCCCGUAAAAAGCAGACCGACUACAUCAUUAAAAGGACAUAACACAGCUGGACAUUUGAGACGUUAGCGUCAACGGCUUUGUCGGUUUCCCUCUGCUUUCACGCGUGGAACUGGGUCUAGCGCGCCCCGUUAGCUUGUUUGCUAACUCAAACGUAAAUCCGGAUUGAGAGUCUCCCACAGCUGGUGAGGUUGCGCAAGUCCAAGUCAAGUUUAUACCACCACUCAACCCUCUCACCAUGGGCUCCAGGGCGUCCACGUUACUCCGAGAAGAGGAAAUCGAAGAAAUCAAGAAGGAGACUGGCUUCUCACACAGCCAGAUCACCCGCCUGUACAGCCGCUUCACCAGCCUGGACAAGGGGGAGAACGGCACCCUGAGUCGAGAAGAUUUCCAGAGGAUCCCGGAGCUGGCCAUCAAUCCGCUGGGAGACCGAAUCAUCAACGCGUUCUUCCCUGAGGGAGAGGACCAGGUGAACUUCAGGGGCUUCAUGCGGACCUUAGCUCACUUCAGACCAAUCGAGGACAACGAGAAGAACAAGAGCGCUGCUCUCAGCGAGCCCCUCAACAGCAGGACCAACAAGCUGCUGUUUGCUUUCCGUCUGUAUGACCUGGACCGAGAUGACAAAAUCUCCCGGGACGAGCUGCUGCAGGUUCUGCGGAUGAUGGUUGGUGUGAACAUUUCGGAUGAUCAGCUCGGCAGCAUUGCUGAUAGGACCAUACAGGAGGCCGACACCAAUGGCGAUAACUCCAUUUCCUUCAAUGAAUUCAUUAAGGUCCUGGAGAAGGUGGACGUGGAACAGAAAAUGAGCAUCCGGUUCCUACAUUAAAUAUCUUUUUUUCUCAUUACUAUUUUGAGUAGAGCUUAAUUACGUCAGUUGAUUUCAGAACCCACUCAUCCACCUUGUCAGCCCCACUUCACGAACACGCCGUCAUGUCACAGACCUCAAGUUUCGGUAAACAAAGGGAAACGUUUUGUGCCUUAGGUUAUUUAUGCAAUGUCACUAUGAAUGAGUUUUUUCCCUCAUUAAUGCGAAAUUACUCAUGAGAAAUGUUUUUGGGAGUCACAGUGGGUAUCACUGCUUUUCCUUUUUUUCAACUGAAAAUAGAUUUUACAGCACAGUACAGAAAAGCCUUUUGCUUGUACUGUGAGUAACUUUAUUACUCACUCUGCUUAAUGAUAAAUGGCACAUGAUGAACCAUAUGCGAUGGCUCAAAGCUCAAAACUUGUUAGAUGUUUAAUUCAACUUCAAAACAGUGUGGGAUCACAUGACUUUAAGUAACUUUGUAUCUUUUUCUUGUAUCCUGCUGCACAGAUUCUUGUGUUAAACUCACUCGAGUGCCAUUGCUUUGGUUCCCCUUUGUCAGUUAUCAUCAACCUAUUCCUAUUGCCGUGUUUGUGAACUUUAAUUUUUCACAGCGGUUGACAUAGCUACUGCCAAUAAAUUGUAAUCUACCUGUUGCAGUUGUUGGACUUGAGCCAAAGUGAGUUUGACCCCCUUUUAAAGCCAGUCACCACUGCUGAGUCAACAUGUAUAUAGUGUGAUAUCUAAAGAACUUAUUAUUAUUAUUUCACCAAAAGAUGCUGCUAUCUCUUUGGGUAGUAUGUGUGUGCUUCUGUAGCACAUGGUCUUUCUUAUUUGCAAAAUGCUAUGCCAGGAUUUAGCUGCCACCGUGGCCUGCUGUCCAGAUUGAGUCUUAAAGGCCUGGCUAACGGCGUCGGGCCCUUUGGUCAAAUUCUUGCCGUGGAUUAGAUAGUUUGUAGACCUGGGACGGGUAAACCCACAAUAAGCUUAGGCUCUAUAUAUUGCAUCGGUCUUCCAGUGGAAAGUGUGUGUUGAUGUAUACGCUGCGUUCAACAUUUGUCUAGCUAAUACUUUUCCCAUCAAAUAGUUCAAGAUGCUAAAAAGAAUCAAAUGCUUUAAAACCUUUUUCUUUUCAGGCUAGUGUACAAUAAUUCUGAAACUGGAUGACUUUUUAAUCUUUAAUGUGAGUGUUAAAUCAUUACAAGAACACCCUCCAGCACUCGAGUAGAGAAAAUACAACGUGACCAACGUUUAUUAAUCAUUAUGGGAUCAUCAAUCUGAUAUGAUUCACAUGUUAUGUGGUGUUGGUCCAGGUAUUAUCAAACUGAUUCAUGUGUUUUAUUUGAAUAAAUGAAGUGCCAUGCCUA